GGCUGAUAACAACCCCAUAAUUUAAUGCUUAACUUCAGGUAUGGCGAUGGGUCCCUGCUGCAGCGUUAAUCUCAACACCAUAAUUGCACUAGUGAUCCUGCAGGGGGCAGCAGUGGUCCUCUUCUACGAGUGGUAUGCCAGUAUCAGCCCCCGUCACUCUGCUUCCCCUGACGGAAAGGUUCACGUGUUGCUGCUGUCAUCGUGGCGGUCGGGUUCGUCCUUCCUGGGUCAGGUUUUCAGUCAGCACCCGUCUGUUUUCUAUCUUAUGGAGCCAGCUUGGCACGUGUGGACAAAAAAUCCAAAAUCUAGUGCAGGCGCUCUCCGGGUGGCUGUGAGGGAUCUGCUGUGGAGUUUAUACAAGUGUGACUACUCGCUGAUGAAGUCUUAUCAACCAGAAAACCCUUCUCUGUCCAACUUGUUCAUGUGGACUCAGAGUCGGGCACUUUGCUCGCCACCGGCCUGUCCCGUCAAGUCAGCCAACGAGAGUCAUUGCCGCCAAAUGUGUCACAGUCGAACCUUGAAGAAAGCAGAGGAGUCCUGCCAAACACACACCCACGUAGUUUUAAAAGAAACUCGUUUUUUUGAGCUGGAGUCCCUUUACCCCCUUCUGCAAGACCCCAACCUUGACCUCCGGGUGGUUCAUCUCGUCCGGGACCCUCGGGCAGUGAUACGGUCUAGGGAGGCCUCGGCCUAUGGCUUAAACACAGGCAGCACUAUAGUGCUGGAGCAGAGAAACGUGUCUGCUGCUGAGAGGCAGUAUGAAGUCAUACAAGAAGUCUGCCGCAGUCACCUGAACAUUUAUGAGAGGGGGAUCUUCAACCCACCGCCGUUUCUGGAAGAUCGCUACAAAUUGGUCCGCUAUGAAGAUAUAGUACGAAACCCAACAACAGAACUGAAUGAUAUUUACGAGUUUGUAGGUUUACAGAUGACCUCAGAGGUGGAGGAAUGGAUCCACAAGAUGACCCACGGAAAAGGAAACGGCGGCUCGAAUGGGGCUUUUCAAAUUACCUCCAGAAAUGCCACUAAAGUGUCCCAGGCUUGGCGCACCGUGCUGCAGCACAACACGGUCAAACGCAUUCAGAAGGUGUGUAAAGGUGCCAUGUUGCUGCUUGGCUACAGGACAGUUGACAGUGAAGAAGAGCAGAAAAGACUCGAUAUAGAUCUGUUAGUUCCGGUGGAACCAUAGAUAGCUGAAAGAAACCUUAAUGCAGGUUAAACCAAGUUAUCAGCAACAAAUGUCUAAGAGAUUGAGCUCCUGCUGGGUUAAUAAAAAAUUUAAUUCAGUUGUGAAAAUAACAGAACAGUAACUAUUCACUAUUACUUAC